AUGUGGCAGUUGCGCGUAGACGGAGCGUCGAACCAGAAAGGAGCUGGAGCAGGCGUCAUCAUCAUCACCCCGGAUGGAACCCUGCUAGAGCAAGCUAUCACGCUUGGCUUCCCGGCUUCAAACAACGAGGCAGAGUACGAGGCAUUGCUCGCUGGCUUGUGCUUGGCAAAGGAGUUAUCAAUCAAAAAAUUGGCCAUCUACUCAGAUUCCCAGCUAAUCACAAGUCAAGCCUUAGGAGAGUACAUGGUGAAGCACUCGAGGAUGAUCCUGUACCUUGACAAAGUCCAAGAGUUGUUGAAGGCGUUUCCCACCUUCACCAUCCAGCAAGUGCCCCGAGCAGAGAACGCGCACGCAGAUGCACUGGCAAGCUUAGGAUCGGCGCUGGAUACCCAGUUCAGACGCUCCAUCCCGGUCGAGCACCUCGACCAGCCUAGCAUAGAAGAGGCAGAGCAGCCGGACCUGAUGCAGAUCGAUGAGGAUCCUAGCUGGCAAGACCCCAUCAUUUGA